GGUCUCCUCAGCAGCGGCUUUUCUUGCGGCGGCGGCGGCGGCGGCGGCUGCAGGAGGAGGGAAAGCAGCUCUGGCUAUGACUGCCGCAUGUUAAUAGCUCCCGCUUGGGUCCACCGGCUGCAGCGAGAGACACAGCCUGACUCCGAAGUUGUGCAACUGUGCCCUGAGAGAGACAUUUGAACCCUCCUUCUCUUUGCUCCGCUUUUGCCCCCCUGGGGCGUGUGAAGCGAGGAAACGUAAAGGAAGACUAGCAUUGGCUUUCCCGGCUUCCCCUUUCUCCAUGGCUGUGUAGAAGAAGAAAGGAAAAGAGACACUUUUUGUUGUUUCUUUGACUGGGGUCUCCACCCUCCUGUGGUCUCUGCGGUUUGAUUAUCAGUCGUUGCUUGGUGUGACUAGGGUGCCUACAGUGGGACAGGUCCAUCUUUUUUUCUGUUUUCUUUUUCUUUCUUUCUUCUUUUUUAUUUCUUCUUUUUUUGUGUGUGUGCCCCGGGGCUCAAUGGAUGGAUUGUGGAAAACUGCACCGGGUUGCAGGUUGUUGAACAACUGAUGGGACCAUCUCAGGGACCGGCGGUUACGAAAGAUGCUGAUUUGAAGAACUGCCCUGAAAACUGAAAUGAUUAAUUCAGAAAGGCUGAAGACAAAGCUAUGGAUUUUUAGCAGUCACAGAACAAAUUAAGGUGUCUGACUUGGGAUAUCAGUGUUUAUUUUUGAGGAAUUUUCCUUUCUUUUUGUGUUUGGUUUUUAAUCAUUGAUAUUGGAGUACAGAAGAGGAGCCGGAAGUCUAUUGAUUUGGUUUCACUUCAGACCAGCCAUUCCUCCGAGAACACAGUCAUGUGGCCACCUCAGCUGCUCAUCCUCAUGAUGCUUUUAGCACCUGUAGUUCAUGGUGGCAAGCACAAUGAGAGACAUCCAGCCCUCGCUGCUCCACUGCGACACGCUGAGCGCAACCCAGGAGGCGCUCUCCCUCCCAGACAUCUCCUUCAGCAGCCAGCGGCAGAGCGCUCAACGGCUCAUCGAGGACAGGGGCCACGCGGAGCUGCCAGAGGAGUCCGUGGACCAGGUGCCCCAGGAGCACAGAUUGCAGCCCAAGCUUUCAGCCGCGCCCCAAUUCCCAUGGCAGUGGUGCGCAGAGAGCUCUCCUGUGAGAGCUACCCCAUUGAGCUCCGCUGUCCAGGCACAGAUGUCAUCAUGAUCGAGAGCGCCAACUACGGGAGGACCGAUGACAAGAUCUGUGACUCGGACCCCGCUCAGAUGGAGAAUAUUCGGUGUUAUCUGCCAGAUGCCUAUAAGAUUAUGUCUCAAAGAUGCAAUAACAGAACCCAGUGUGCAGUGGUGGCGGGUCCUGAUGUAUUUCCAGACCCAUGUCCGGGAACAUAUAAAUACCUUGAAGUGCAGUAUGAAUGUGUCCCUUAUAAAGUGGAACAAAAAGUUUUUCUUUGUCCUGGACUGCUAAAAGGAGUGUACCAGAGUGAACACUUGUUUGAAUCUGACCACCAAUCUGGGGCAUGGUGCAAAGACCCUCUUCAGGCUUCUGACAAGAUUUACUAUAUGCCCUGGACUCCCUACAGAACUGACACCCUGACAGAGUAUUCAUCCAAAGAUGACUUCAUUGCGGGAAGGCCAACGACUACCUACAAGCUCCCUCACAGAGUGGAUGGCACUGGAUUUGUAGUAUAUGAUGGUGCCCUGUUCUUCAACAAGGAGCGUACAAGGAACAUAGUAAAGUUUGAUCUGAGGACUAGGAUAAAGAGUGGAGAGGCAAUCAUAGCCAAUGCUAAUUACCAUGACACCUCCCCAUACCGAUGGGGUGGCAAGUCUGACAUAGACUUGGCAGUGGAUGAAAAUGGAUUAUGGGUAAUCUAUGCAACAGAACAGAACAAUGGCAAGAUUGUCAUUAGCCAGUUGAACCCUUACACCCUACGAAUUGAGGGGACAUGGGACACUGCCUACGAUAAAAGGUCAGCUUCCAAUGCAUUCAUGAUUUGUGGGAUUCUGUAUGUGGUCAAAUCUGUAUAUGAGGAUGAUGACAACGAGGCCACCGGUAAUAAGAUUGACUACAUUUACAACACCGACCAAAGCAAGGAUAGCUUGGUGGACGUACCCUUUCCCAACUCAUACCAGUACAUAGCAGCUGUGGAUUACAAUCCCAGGGACAACCUGCUCUAUGUGUGGAAUAACUACCACGUUGUGAAAUACUCUUUGGACUUUGGGCCUCUGGAUAGUAGAUCAGGGCCAGUACAUCAUGGACAAGUUUCCUACAUCUCGCCACCAAUUCACCUUGACUCUGACCUAGAAAGACCCCCUGUCAGAGGGAUUUCUACCACAGGAUCCCUGGGUAUGGGAAGCACGACCACCAGCACCACCCUCCGGACCACAACUUGGAACAUAGGGAGGAGUACCACCCCAUCCUUGCCUGGCAGAAGAAACCGCAGUACCAGCACGCCAUCCCCCGCGGUAGAGGUGCUGGAUGAUGUCACCACACACCUGCCCCCUGCAGCCUCCCAAAUCCCAGCUAUGGAAGAGAGCUGCGAGGCUGUGGAAGCCCGAGAAAUCAUGUGGUUUAAGACCCGACAGGGUCAGGUAGCAAAGCAGCCGUGCCCAACAGGAACUAUAGGUGUAUCAACUUACCUAUGUCUUGCUCCUGAUGGAAUAUGGGACCCCCAAGGACCAGAUCUCAGCAAUUGCUCUUCUCCUUGGGUCAAUCACAUAACACAGAAGCUGAAAUCUGGAGAAACAGCUGCCAAUAUUGCCAGAGAGCUAGCAGAACAGACGAGAAAUCAUUUGAACGCUGGGGACAUCACCUACUCAGUCCGUGCCAUGGACCAGCUGGUUGGCCUCUUGGAUGUCCAGCUCAGGAAUUUGACACCAGGGGGAAAAGACAGCGCUGCCCGCAGCUUGAACAAGCUUCAGAAAAGAGAGCGCUCUUGCAGAGCCUAUGUCCAGGCGAUGGUGGAGACAGUUAACAACCUCCUUCAGCCACAAGCCUUGAACGCGUGGAGAGACCUGACGACGAGUGAUCAACUGCGUGCGGCCACCAUGUUGCUUGACACUGUGGAGGAGAGUGCUUUCGUGUUAGCCGAUAACCUUUUGAAGACUGACAUUGUCAGGGAGAAUACAGACAAUAUUCAGUUAGAAGUUGCAAGGCUGAGCACGGAAGGAAACCUAGAAGAUCUAAAAUUCCCAGAGAACAUGGGCCACGGAAGUACCAUCCAGCUCUCAGCAAACACAUUAAAGCAAAAUGGCCGGAACGGAGAGAUUAGAGUGGCCUUUGUCCUCUAUAACAACCUGGGUCCUUAUUUGUCUACGGAGAAUGCCAGUAUGAAGUUGGGCACAGAAGCUAUGUCCACAAAUCACUCAGUUAUCGUCAAUUCCCCUGUUAUUACAGCAGCAAUAAAUAAGGAAUUCAGUAAUAAAGUGUAUUUGGCUGAUCCUGUGGUAUUUACUAUUAAACAUAUCAAGCAGUCAGAAGAAAAUUUCAACCCUAACUGUUCAUUUUGGAGCUAUUCCAAGCGCACAAUGACAGGUUAUUGGUCAACACAAGGCUGUCGACUCCUGACAACCAACAAGACACAUACUACAUGCUCCUGUAACCACCUCACCAACUUUGCAGUAUUGAUGGCACAUGUGGAAGUUAAGCACAGCGAUGCCGUCCACGAUCUUCUUCUGGAUGUGAUCACAUGGGUUGGGAUCUUGCUGUCUCUUGUUUGUCUCCUCAUUUGCAUCUUCACAUUCUGCUUCUUCCGGGGACUCCAGAGUGACCGUAACACCAUUCACAAGAACCUCUGCAUCAGCUUGUUCGUGGCAGAACUGCUCUUCCUGAUUGGAAUCAACAGAACCGACCAACCAAUUGCCUGUGCAGUGUUCGCGGCUCUUUUGCAUUUCUUCUUCUUGGCGGCCUUCACCUGGAUGUUUCUAGAAGGGGUGCAGCUGUAUAUCAUGCUGGUGGAGGUCUUUGAGAGCGAGCAUUCCCGUAGGAAGUACUUUUAUCUGGUCGGCUAUGGGAUGCCCGCGCUCAUCGUGGCCGUUUCUGCGGCUGUCGACUACAGGAGCUACGGAACAGACAAAGUAUGUUGGCUUCGCCUUGACACCUACUUCAUUUGGAGUUUUAUAGGACCAGCGACCUUGAUAAUUAUGCUGAAUGUAAUCUUCCUUGGGAUUGCUUUAUACAAAAUGUUUCACCAUACUGCCAUACUGAAACCUGAAUCAGGCUGUCUUGACAAUAUCAACUAUGAGGAUAACAGACCCUUCAUCAAGUCAUGGGUGAUAGGUGCGAUAGCUCUGCUCUGCCUGUUAGGACUGACCUGGGCCUUUGGACUCAUGUAUAUUAAUGAAAGCACAGUCAUCAUGGCGUAUCUCUUCACCAUUUUCAAUUCUCUACAGGGGAUGUUUAUAUUCAUUUUCCACUGUGUCCUACAGAAGAAGGUACGGAAAGAGUAUGGUAAAUGCCUCCGCACACAUUGCUGUAGUGGGAAAAGCACGGAGAGUUCGAUUGGCUCAGGGAAAACAUCUGGUUCUCGAACUCCAGGACGGUACUCCACAGGCUCGCAGAGCCGUAUUCGGAGAAUGUGGAAUGACACUGUCCGAAAGCAGUCAGAGUCGUCCUUCAUCACCGGAGACAUAAACAGCUCAGCGUCGCUCAACAGAGGAGCCAUGGCUAAUCAUCUUAUAAGCAAUGCUCUGCUUCGUCCGCAUGGUACUAACAAUCCCUAUAAUACAUUGCUUGGGGAACCGGCGGUCUGUAACAACCCUUCUAUCAGCAUGUACAACGCACAAGAGCCCUACAGAGAGACAAAGGGGCUUCUGAACAAUGCCAGGGAUACAAGUGUCAUGGAUACUCUACCACUGAAUGGUAACCAUGGCAACAGUUACAGCAUUGCUGGCGGCGAAUACCUGAGCAACUGUGUGCAAAUUAUAGACCGUGGCUAUAACCACAACGAGACCGCCCUAGAGAAAAAGAUCCUAAAGGAACUCACUUCCAACUAUAUCCCUUCAUACCUGAACAACCACGAGCGCUCCAGCGAACAGAACCGGAAUAUGAUGAACAAACUGGUGAACAACUUAGGCAGCGGGAGUGAAGAUGACGCCAUCGUCCUGGAUGAUGCCGCGUCCUUUAACCACGAGGAGAGUCUGGGCCUGGAACUCAUUCACGAGGAAUCGGAUGCUCCUUUGCUGCCCCCGAGGGUUUACUCCACGGAUAACCACCAGCCACACCAUUACAGCAGGAGGCGGUUCCCCCAGGACCACAGCGAGAGCUUCUUCCCUCUGCUAACCGACGAGCACACAGAAGACCUGCAGUCACCGCACAGGGACUCUCUGUACACCAGCAUGCCAGCCCUGGCCGGCGUGCCCGCUGCAGACAGUGUGACCACCAGCACCCAGACCGAAGCCGCAGCAGCCAAGGGUGGUGACGCCGAAGAUGUUUACUACAAAAGCAUGCCAAACCUGGGCUCCAGAAACCACGUGCACCCGCUGCACGCCUACUAUCAGCUGGGGCGCGGCAGCAGCGAUGGAUUCAUAGUUCCUCCCAACAAAGAUGGGGCCUCUCCGGAGGGGACUUCCAAAGGACCCGCACACUUGGUCACUAGUCUAUAGAAGAUGACACGGGGAUGGCGACCAACAGGACUGCUAACACCUGGUGGACCAUUCUGAGUCAACAGAAGCAGUGGUCAUCGUGUGUACUCCGACAUCUGAUGCUGUUCUCGAAAGAGAGACUCUCUGACAUUUUUUUUUUUAACUUGAAUUUUUAGGUCAGCCCAGGGGAGAAAGCUAACUGCUGAGCUCCUCCUGUGCCCCAAUCUUUCCCGUCCUUUCCCCUCAGAUGGAGACUUCAUUAUGUUAAUGAACGAGAUAAGAAGAAAAUGGCGCUCAUUGUGGCCUUGUUGAGUUAUGUUGUGUUUGUUUAACAUCUCUGAUGCUCUGUUACUAGAAUUACAAGGACCUGAUUUUUUUUGUUUGUUUUCUUUAAAAAAAAAAAAAAAAAAGAGGCCAGAACUAUUGUUUGAAAUUAGUAACAAUGCUGCAUCUAGAUUGGAGUGCUGCCCAGCCGUAGAAGCAGAGCUGAACUGUAUCACAUAGCGAUUCACGGUCACUCGCAACCUGAGUUCACCACAGCGGGAAUAGCUGUGAGAAACACAAACAAAACAACAAAAUUAAUAAUCUGACAGAGGGGAAUUCUAGAAUUAUAUGCUAAAUGCAUAUUUUAUGAUUUGCUGUAUUAACUGAUGAUAAAACUAAUGGCAGAAAAAAAUUGAACAAUUUCUAUAUAAUGUACAGAUACUAGCAUUGCGCAUAUAGUCUGCUUUCUGUUCCUCCAGAAUUUGAGUCCUGUUAAUGUAGUGGCAAAGAAGAAAUUUUCUUUUUCUUUUGUGCUAGUCUUGCAAGUUUGUCUACCAGUAAAAGAGCAAAGUUUCCUUCCUUUCUUGUUUUCUUUCUUUUUAUUUUUUUCUUUUGUCCCCUCUUCCCCCACCUUUUUCUUUUCUUUAAAAAUUCACCUGGCAAAAAUAAUAAUAAUAAUAAAUAAAUGAAGCUAUCACUUUAUAAGAAUCAUUUUCUAGUAAUGCAAACAAAUUAUUUUUUAACAAAAAAUAAAAUAAAAUAAAUAAAAUUAGACUUCCUUCCCUCGCUAUAUAUAUCUUUAUCCAGCCCGAGUAUUUCCAACGUCAUUUUGCAAAUUAGAGCAGGACAAAUUUUAUGUUUCCGGGGCACAUCUGUUGUAAUGCAAAGCAUAUUUGGCAAGCAGUUCAUCACCAAGGCAGUAGCUAUGAUUCUAGAAGCUAAGAGGUGUCUAUAGAACUAGAAGGGCUUCUGCAUGUGAAAUGCUGUAUCCCAUAGGCGUUAAAAGUGCUGAAUGUGCAGUCUGACCCCCACAUGGGCACCUGCACUACCAAUUGUUAGAGGAAAUUCACUCCCUCGUAGUGAGAGUUGAAAGGUCAAAUUAUUUUGAAGAAAUUUCUUUUUUUUUUUUUAAAGUUUUCUGUUAACAGGAAAAUUUAUUUAUUUGACAGGAUUUUAAGUAAUGUAGGAAUACAAAUGGUAAAUUAGCAGCACAUAUAAUUUCUUUUUUUAAAUUUAUGAUCCAUUUUGUAUGGUCUCAAGUUGGAUGACCUCAUUACUAAUAUUUGUUGUAAAAGUGAAACUUGUUUGCCGACCAAUAAACAACUGAUUGAGAUUUAGAAGAGAUGGCUUUGACGUAUGUACUGUAUUAUGAAGUCCUCUUUUGACUUUUCUUGCCUUUCCUUUUCUCUGGUUUUCAGAAUCUAAACUCUCCUUAAACUCUCUUUGUGACCCAAGUGAGUAGCACACACACCCACACCCACCUACCCACCCACCCCCCACAUACACAAUAUAUCAGACUUGAAUAUUCAAACACAGCACAGUGUAGUUUUUGCAGACAAACUCGACCAGGAAAAUGGGAUGGGCUGAAGCCAGGUGCAUAGCUCCCACUCCAGGUAAUAAGGAGAUCACUGUGUGCUUUUUUUAUAACCCAUCUCUCCUCACUAGGCUUAUGACUAAAGAAAGUCACGCAGUGGUUAAAAUAUCACGUGUGAUGCAAUCAUCUCUCUGGCCCCUUUUUGUGGAGAAAUUUGGAAAUCUAAAUUUCCUCAGCUGGCUCAGUAAUGCAACAGGAAUAGGAAAGAGGUUAUUCGUUGUACAAGAAGAGUUUAAGACCUUGAACAUCAACACACAGCAUUGGUUUCUUUAUGGCAACCUCAAACAAAAUUUGUAUGGAUUCUGUCCUCCAUCCCUCUGACUCCCCUUCUGUGGCCUCAGACACCUCAUCCUGCCCCCUCCCCGCUGUGCCCUUCCUUCCUUCAUGCCACAUAUGUAAGAUCGUUUUACAUUAUUUUCAUCUUCUUCAAUGUAUGGGGGAGGGGGAAGGACAAAAAUAUUUCCUUCAAAGGAACUUUCUAGAUCUUGCUGUUCCUAUAUGACCAGUACCGAAGGAAUCAGUAUGUUCAAGGAGCCCCAUGUAGAAUAAAGCUCACAUGAACUUGCCAAGCUGUAUUUUCUCUUGUGGUAUAUCCUUGGGCUUACUUUACAAAAGCCUACACAAUAGCCAUCUAUAAAUGAUACCUUAAAUCAAGGUGAGAGGCGUUGAGAGUGCGAUUAGCCAAUCAUCCAUAGACACUAUAAAGUCUGUGACAAAGGAAGGUGUGCCGGACCUGAGCACCCAUUAAUCUAAAAGCCAAUUCCAAAGAUUCCAUGGAUAGUCAGAUUCCAUUUUAGUUAGCUGGUGGCAAUUUUUUUCUUGAAAUCCAUAGGCAUUUUAAUUUGGAGGGGAAGCAUAAGCAUUAGAAGUAAUCAGUUUUCUCAGUCUAUGCUUUGGGAAUAUUACCAACCUUACCGAUAUUACUGAUAACCUACCCAAUACCUAUAUUUGGUAAUUAAAAAAAAAAUCCCUCUGUGGGCAAAUCUAAGGCAGCCUCAGAAAUAAGGCUAUGUUUGCAGACUGCAGGUACUUGUGCUUGAUUUAAAAAAAACAAUAUUCCCAAAUGAAAAUAUUAGGAAAAGGUCAGUUUCAUGGAACAGUGGGGGAAACGACUUCAGUUCAGCUGUUGAGCUGUCUCAUUCUCUGGCUUUGCUGCUUUCCCAUACGUGGAACUUUGUGUUUCAUUAUCCAUAAUGUGAAGCCGGUAACCUCACCGUUUCUACCAGGAACAACUUGAAGAAAGAUCACUUGAGUACAUAAACUGGUAUAUAAGGCCUCUCUGCACAUUGUGUGUUAACUUUGCUCUUGCCUCAAGAUGAAAGGGCCGUUGUAGAUCUCUCAUCCAUCAGAACCGAUGUGCUUCAGAAAGCUGAGCUUCUUUGUUAUGUGACUCUAAUUAAACAAAAGGACGAGUAGGCAAGGUGACUGUGCAUCACUUCAGUAGAAAUUUGUGCAUCCAUGGAGUCCUGACUGUAGCAGCUACAUGAGUUCCUGACCCUCUCUCUCUUCCACCUGACAUUACAUGUAAAGAAAUUCAUCCACUUAUGCUAGUAACUUUUUCUUCCUUCUAGAACCUUUUGUUGAUUCUAGGUCUCCAGUACCCAACGGGCAUUCAUUGAUAGGUUUAUUUGCAUAGUUUCCAUGAAGUAAAUUUCUACCAAACAUGCUCACUGUACAUACAUGACACAUUACUUAGCCAGUUGAGAAAGUCAUGUAAACAAAACAAGCCAAUUGUUGCUUCCUAGUAAAUAAUAUUUUUGUAAUAUUUUAUGCUCGACGUUUUAACCUCUUUGAGGUUUUGGGUUUGAGAUACUUUGUCAGGGCCCUAACUAAAGGGCCUCAGGUUUAAUCGACUCUUAUGUGGAUGGCUUCUUGCAUAGCCAAAGUUGCUAAUUGAUAAUAUUUAUAAGUAAAUAGAAAUUCAAAGAAGAAAAUUGGUUGGAAUUCAGUUAAAUUUUGUGAACAUCCCCCUUUGUUUUUAACACAGUAAAUUUGAACAAAUGGGAAAUAAUGUCCAAGUUUAUGCUAGAAUACUUAGUGAGUAAAAUGAAUUGGCAAGAGAACAAUCACAAUUAUAGUAAAAUAAAAGUAGACAGCAAAAGCAAAGGCGGCUAAUUAAGUUAAUCAUAAUUUCCUAUUAAAAAAAGCCCAUAGUGGUUCCAAAUUAAAACAUAGUUUAUGAUCUAUGUUGUUUUUAAGACCACCUCUCCAAUUUAAAAAAUUAAUACAUUAAAAAUAACCUUUAAAAAAUUUGGCUUUUAAUCUUGAGUGUUAAAAGUGUGAUGAAUCCUCUGACUUAAAUGAUAACUUUAAAAACCAUUGUCAGUGACAGAGUGUAGUUUUGUAAGAAGGUGGAAGAAAGCUUUUGUCUAACAAACAACUCUGAACUGAAUUGUAUCCAUGCUGUAGGAAUGAAGUAUUUCGUUUUUUAGGUUGUUCAUUAACACUGUAACAAACUCGCAGUACUUGAGAUAUAUUUUGUGGGAAAACAAAAUCCCCAAUAAAACAACAAACAAAAGCCACUUUAACUAUAAAUGAAUGUCAACUUACAUGUAAAGUGUCAAAAAUAAACCAUCUAAAAUUAUAAUCUAAUUUUAAGUGGUACAUUGGCAUUAAUGUUUUAUUCUAAGAAAAAUAAUUGAUAUAAAAUACUAUGUCCCAGUAUAAAAUAAAUGUCCCAGUAUUGUAUUGAGAAUACAAAGAUGUAAUUGCUCAGGUUUAGAAUAUCAUAACCUGUCACAUAAACAAUCACUAUGCAUUCCUAAUUAGAAUCUAUAUAUUAGAUCUCUCCAUGUCAAGGUUUAGGAAGUUGAAGACACAAAAAGGGACACAAAUACAUACAAAAACAGGUUUUAGAAGCAUUUUUCUAUAAAUGAAUUCUAUGUAGAAAAAAAUUUUUUUAGAGUUCAGAAAAUAGACUCCAAAGACUAAACUCAGUUUUGUAAGCAGGAUAUUUGUUUGUCUUAUACCAUUUGAAAAAUAUGUUUUUAGACAUCUAAAAUUUCAUUUAUAAUCCCAAAGCUAUAGCCAGUUGCUAUAGCUGUUUCUGUCCUGGUUAAGCCAUAGAGGACAUUUAUCCAAGGCAAUCAUUUACCUUGAUAUCACGUUUGCUUUAAAAAGGAAAGCGGUCUUUAAAUUGUCACCUGUAUAUGUGUUUACACAGUCUAAUUUUUAAUAAAAUUUCAGAG